AGCUUGAAGCCGCAGCUGAACUUCUCCGUUAGUUUCUAUCUGGACCAUCUCUGGGUAGAGUGGUACCUGCUGGACCCGGUCCAGAACCUUUCCUCAUUCUAACUGAACUGAGAUAGAAACCUCCUCAACCCGGUCCGAAGGUCCACGUCUCGGCAGCAGAACCCUGGUACCGGUCCGGAGGUCCACGUCCCGGCAGCAGAAAUUCGGUUCAGUGAGUUUGAAUUCGCUGCAGGCUGUUUAAUCAAGUUGGAGGAGCGACUCGUCGGGUCAGAGAAGAUGCUACGAUCGGCUGCAGGUCUCAGAACCAGAACAUCCCCUCCUCUCAUAGCAGCCACGUUUCUGCUCUGGCUGCUGAGUCUGCAGCCUUCAGAGUCCAGAACCGGCCCAGAAUCCAGGACCUGGAGCCAGACCGGGCCGCGGCUUCAGCUCUCUCACUCAGAUGUGAGGAACGGCUCAGCGGUCUACUGGGGCGCCGGUGUUGGCGGGGGCUACCAGGUCCUGCUGCUGGACGAGGACAGAGGAUGGCUGCUGGUUGGAGGGAAAGACCACAUUUACCUGCUGAACUCGGACAACCUGGACCAGCCCGUCCACAAGAUCCACUGGCCUGCAGCUCGAGAACAUGUGGAGCACUGCAGGCUGGCAGGCAAGAGCCUGGAGAGAGAUUGUGCCAACUUUGUCCGCGUGCUGCAGCCUUUCAAUAAGACUCAUGUUUACGUCUGUGGCACCGGCGCCUUCAAUCCACAGUGUACUUACCUGCAGCUCAGCCAGAACCCAGAGGAGCCGUGGUUCAGGUUGUCCCACGCCGUCGAGUCAGGACGAGGAAAGUGUCCCUUCAGUCCCAGAGAGCCGUUCGCUGCCAGGCUGACUGAUGGUGAACUUUAUGCAGGAACCUCAGUCGACUUCAUGGGCGCCAACGCGGCGAUCUUCCGCACCUCGGUUCAGGGCAGCGGUCAGCAUUACAUCCGCACCGAGGCCUACGAUCACAACUGGCUCAACGAGCCGGACUUUGUGGGCUCCUUCUCCAUCCCUGACACUCACAGUCCAGACGACGAUAAAGUUUACUUCUUCUUUAAGGAGAAGGCGGUGGAGGCCGGCCAGUGGGACCAGAGGGUCUACAGCCGGGUGGCUCGGGUCUGCAAGAAUGACGUUGGUGGGAAGAGGAGUCUGAUCAACCGCUGGACCACCUUCCUGAAAGCCCGAUUAGUCUGCUCUGUUCCCGGCCCGUCGGGAGUCGACACUCACUUCGAUGAGCUCGAGGACAUCUUUGUUCUGGAAACCAAGGAUCCUCAGAACCCGACCGUCUACGGCGUCUUCACCACCUCCAGCUCCAUCUUCCAGGGCUCGGCUGUGUGCGUUUUCUCCAUGGCGUCCAUCCGCGCCGCCUUCAACGGACCGUUUGCCCACAGAGAAGGACCCGACUACCGCUGGGUUGAGUACAAGGGCCGCAUUCCGUACCCCAGACCCGGAACGUGUCCCAGUGAGACGUACGACGUGCUGCACAAGUCCACCAAGGACUUCCCAGAUGAGGUGGUGAGCUUCAUGCGGCAGCACCAGCUGAUGUGGGACCCCGUCCUGCCUCUGGGCGGCCGACCCGUCCUGACCCGGGUCAACUCGCCGUACCUGCUGAAGAGGGUCGUUGUGGACAGAGUGGAGGCUCAGGACGGACCGUACGACGUCUUACACCUGGGGACAGACGAUGGGAAGGUGGUGAAGGCUGUGUCAGUCAUCAAAGACAACUGGGAAACAGAGGAGGUCAUUCUGGAGGAGCUCACCGUGUUCCAGAUUCCGACUCCUAUCCUGAGCAUGCAGCUGUCGACUAAACGGGAGCAGCUGUACGUGUCCAGUGAGCUCGGCCUGGUCCAGUUGGGGCUGCAGAGGUGUGAGCUCUACGGGUCCGACUGCGCCGAGUGCUGCCUGGCCAGAGACCCGUACUGCUCCUGGGACGGGCAGAACUGCUCCAGAUACUUCCCCACCAGCAGGAGACGAGCUCGCAGACAGGAUGUGAAGUAUGGAGACCCCUGGAGUCAGUGUCCAGUCACUGAGGAAGACUCCGACUCGGUGGAGGUGAAGGUGGUGUAUGGGGUGGAGGGAAACUCCACGUUCCUGGAGUGUGUUCCUCGGUCGCUGCAGGCUGAGCUCCGCUGGACGGUGCAGCGCUCAGAGAGUCAGCAGAAAGCUGUUAGUCAGCUCCCUCUCAGUGAUGACGACCGCUUCCUGAGCAUGAAGCGAGGGUUGCUGGUUCUACGCCUGGAAAUGACUGACGCCGGCCUAUACACCUGCACCAGUCAGGACCACUCCUACAGCCAGGUCCUGGGCCGGUACAGACUCCACAUCAUCCCCAACCGCAGUCUGCACCCGGCCCGCUACCUGCAGAACCUCAGUCCCAACCCGCCGGACCUCCUGAGCCAGGUGAGGACCGGCCCGACCGGGUUUCUGGGUCAGCCUGAGGCCGCUCCUCUGCCGCCGCACAGGAACUCAUGGCUUCCUCCUCUGAAGAGCUACAAAGACCUGCAGAACAUUCAGCGUCUGGACGAGUACUGCGAGAAACUGUGGUACCGGGAGAAACGCAAGCAGCAGAAACUCCUGAAGCUGAAACAGGAGAACCGGAAGGCUCGGGUCAGGAGGAACAACCCGCCUGAAGUCCCUCUUUAGUCCGCCAGACGACUCAGACUUUUGAAGGACAACAGAUCCUGCAUGGAGACAGGAAGUACUGCAACGUCAGCUGCUCCACAGAAUUAUUCAGCCUUCAGAUAUUAAAAAGGGAUUUGAUGCAUCAGGUCUGACUUCCUUAAACCCCA